UUUUUUUGAAUGUUGAAUAUAUUUUUAUCUUGAUUACUGAAGUUUGGGGCACCUCUUAAAUUUUGCACCAGAGUGCCACACUUUGCCUGACCUCAAGUCCUAGACUUGAAUUUCAUGUAUAAAGAGCAUAAAACAGCAUAAGUUUUACAAAGCAAAUAAGCGCCCAGUAAGUGUUAGCUUAUUAUUAUAACCUUUACUUCGAAACUUUUGAGAAACGCUGGCUGUGAUCAACGACCAUGGUGGGUAGUGGUCCCUUUAACACUUUGCCACGUUGUAUCCCGUGAGCCAUUGCGCCCUUCGGCCCCACUAUCCCAUCGUGCCCUGCGCAUAGUUUCUGUGCUGGCUCACAGCCCCGCCUCUUCCGGUGCACGGCUGAUCAUGGCGCAGGGGCAGCGCAAGUUCCAGGCGCGGAAGCCGGCGAAGGACAAGACGGCGGGGGCAGCAUCAGAGCGGAACCGGGGCCCGAGGAAGGGCGGUCGCGUUAUCGCACCCAAGAAGGCACGCAUCGUGGAGCAACAAAAGCUCAAGAAGAGCCUGGAGGUUGGAAUCCGGAAGAAGAUUGAACAUGAUGUGGUGAUGAAAGCCAGCACCAGUCUGCCCAAGAAGCUGGCGCUGUUGAAGGCCUCCACCAAAAAGAAGGCGGCAGCCUCUUCCACCAAGACGCCUUCCUAAGGAGGCACCCCAGCAGAGGCCAUCACUGCAACCCUCUUUGUGCUCAGACCUGUGCAAGGAGGAGGGGCCGUGCUCCCUAGAACCUGGGGUUGCACCUGGAACUUUACUGGGGGCCUGGCCCAUGAGCAGGUGAUCAGGAGGUCGGAAGUGCACUGGUUGGCUUCCCGGGGUGCCAAGAACUCAAGCGUAGGCCGAGGCCAGGAGGAUGCCUUCACCAACUUCCUGUGUCUCCCUACCCCCUCCCCCAUCUUGUCUCCACUGGUUUAACCCAGAGCAAUAAACCUGACUUUGUCGUUCU